AUGGCCGUGCGGACAACCCUUGUCCGGGCUUGGGCUUCUCCUCCUCUCUCGCGACACGUUUUGCUCAGAGCCGCUACGCUAAAGUCGAAGAGUUGCCGUUACAGCACUUCGAGUGCUACGAGCAGCCAAAAUCUUUUGUCCGUGGAAGACUGUCUCCAGCUCUACAAAGAGAAGGAAGAUGAUGGCAUUGUCUUUGUGGAUGCAUCAUGGUACCACAAGGGUGGUCGUAAUGGAAGAGACGAGUUCGAGGCAGGCCCAAGGAUCCCUGGAGCCAGACACAUGGAUAUGGAUGAUAUCAGUACUUCGAAAGAUCUCUAUCCAGAUAGGAAUCCACUGGGCUUGUAUCAUAUGCUGCCACCAACAGAUCUGUUUGCUGCUACCAUGGAUGAAUUUCAAAUCAAGAAUUCAGAUCGGAUUAUUGUAUAUGCCAAGGAGGGUAGUAUCUUCACACCACGUACUUGGUUUCUCUUCCGAUCCAUGGGUCACGAUAGUGUCCAACUGAUGCAAGGAUCCUUGGAAGAUUGGGUUCAAGCGGGAGGACCCGUUGACAAAGAACCCACGAGGGUGCCACGAGCCAAGGAUAUUUUGGAAUCCCUGUCUUCGAGUGGAAAGACCAGCUAUCAGGUUGCCAAAAACAAGCCAGACAAUGUCAUUGGCAUGGAUGAAAUGCUAACCAUCGUCAACGACAAUCUUCAGGAGGAACAGCAAACCACAAUCAUCGAUCCCAGAGGAAGCAGUUUCGCCAAGGGAUACAUUCCGGGAGCGAUUCAUUUGCCCUACAGCAGCCUCGUACAAGAAGACAAUCCACUCAAAUUGAAAAGCAAAGAAGAAUUGGAAACUCUCUUUCAAGAUGCCGGCGUCGAUGUUCAAGGCGACACACCCAUUGCGUGUUCCUGCGGCUCUGGUGUCAGUGUGUGCCAUGUCUACUUGGCAUUGCAAGAGUGCGGCCGCACGGGCAAGACGGUCAUGUUCGAUGGCAGUUGGAACGAAUGGAGCCAAAGCCCAGAUUCUCCGAAAGUGGUGCCGAAGAAUGAUUGA